AUGCACCGGAGCCAUGAGGGCGGGCAGCCCCGGGGCCCGGGCCGCCGCGCCCCGGCCGGCGCCGAGGCGGGCAAGGCGGUUUAUAUAGGGUGCCCCGCGUUCGCCCGGCGCAUGGAGCCGCAGCCUCCCUCUCCCGCUCUCUCCCGCAAGCUGAUGCCGCCGGAGCCGCUGCCCAAGGGGAGCGCCCGCUGCCUCGACCCGCACGCCCGCGCCAUGUCGCAGCCCGACGGGGAGCCGCUGCCCGGCGCCCUGGAGAAGGAGGACGCCCGCUCGGCGCCCAGCACGCCCUCCACGCCGUCCGUCUGCUCCCCGCCAUCCUCCUCCUCCUCCACGCCGUCGGCCGGCAAGAACGUCUGCUCCAGCUGCGGGCUGGAGAUCCUCGACCGGUACCUGCUCAAGGUGAACAACCUCAUCUGGCACGUCCGCUGCCUGGAGUGCUCCGUGUGCCGCACCUCGCUGCGGCAGCAGCACAGCUGCUACAUCAAGAACAAGGAGAUCUUCUGCAAGAUGGACUACUUCAGCCGGUUUGGUACAAAGUGCGCCCGCUGCGGCAGGCAGAUCUACGCCAGUGACUGGGUGCGGCGAGCGCGGGGCAACGCCUACCACCUCGCCUGCUUCGCCUGCUUCUCCUGCAAGCGGCAGCUCUCCACCGGUGAGGAGUUCGGCUUGGUGGAGGAGAAGGUGCUGUGCCGGAUUCACUACGACACCAUGAUAGAGAACCUCAAGCGAGCGGCGGAAAACGGCAAUGGGAUCACGCUGGAGGGGGCUGUGCCCUCGGAGCAGGACAGCCAGCCGAAGCCCGCCAAGAGGGCCCGCACCUCCUUCACCGCCGAGCAGCUGCAGGUCAUGCAGGCACAGUUUGCUCAGGACAACAACCCCGAUGCACAAACACUUCAGAAGCUGGCGGACAUGACAGGGCUGAGUCGGAGAGUCAUUCAGGUUUGGUUUCAAAACUGCAGAGCCCGCCAUAAAAAACACACCCCCCAGCACACGGUGCCACCCUCGGGAGCCCCCCCAUCCCGCAUCCCUUCUUCGCUCUCCGAUGACAUUCACUACUCGCCCUUCAGCAGCCCAGAGCGGGCCCGGAUGGUGACGCUGCACGGAUACAUAGAAAGUCAGGUACAGUGUGGACAAGUGCACUGUAGACUUCCCUACACUGCUCCACCAGUGCACCUCAAAGCAGACAUGGAAGGACCACUAUCUAAUAGGGGUGAGAAGGUCAUCCUCUUUCAGUACUGACUGCGCAAACUCUUCCUCAUCUGCCCAUGGCGCUACCAGCACCACUGCC